GCGGGGCCGCGCAGGCGCGGAGCCUCGGGCGGGCUGGCCCGGUUGUCAUGAGAGCGGCGGCCGCGGCCCGGGCGAUGGGCGCUGGCGGCCGGGGCUGCUCCUCGGCUGGCACCGCCGCGGCGGCUCGGGGCUGCGGGCCGGCCCGAGGCCGGCGGAGAGCCCGGGUCUUGCGGACGUCCCGACAGGACGGAGAAGCAGUGUUUCAGAUCUGCGGGAUUUCGGGGUACGUGGUCACGCUCAGCCCCAGCGCACAGGAUGCCCCACAAGAUCGGAUUCGUGGUUGUCAGCUCGUCUGGACACGAAGACGGCUUCAGCGCCCGGGAACUAAUGAUCCACGCACCGACCGUCAGCGGGUGGCGGUCACCGAGAUUUUGCCAGUUUCCACAAGAAAUUGUUCUGCAAAUGGUGGAGAGAUGUCGAAUAAGAAAACUACAGCUGCUUGCUCAUCAGUAUAUGAUUUCCAGCAAAAUCGAGUUCUACGUCAGUGAGAGCCUGCCUGAGUAUUUCGCACCGUAUCAAGCAGAGCGGUUUCGGAGGCUUGGCUACGUCUCUCUCUGUGACAAUGAAAAGACAGGUUGCAAAGCCCGGGAACUAAAGUCAGUGUAUGUGGAUGCAGUGGGACAGUUUCUGAAGCUGAUUUUUCACCAAAACCAUGCCAACAAGUACAAUGUAUACAAUCAGGUUGCUUUGGUUGCAAUAAACAUCAUCGGGGACCCUGCAGAUUUCGGUGAUGAAAGCAGUAUUACCUCUAGAGAGAAGCUGAUUGAUCACUACCUGGCGCACAACGCGGAGGACCCCGCUCUCGCUCUCGAAGGAACUUGUUCUGGGAAGUCUGACUAUAUUUCUCCGCUAGAUGACUUAGCCUUUGAUAUGUAUCAAGAUCCGGAAGUGGCCCAGAUUAUCCGCACGUUAGAUGAAAGGAAGCGUGAGGCCGUGCAGAGGGAGCGUUACGACUACGCCAAGAAGCUAAAACAAGCCAUUGCUGACUUGCAGAAGGUCGGGGAGCGCCUGGGCAGGUAUGAGGUGGAGAAGCGCUGCGCCGUGGAGAAGGAGGACUACGACCUGGCCAAGGAGAAGAAGCAGCAGAUGGAGCGGUACCGUGGCCAGGUGUACGAGCAGCUGCGGCUGCACGAGCUGGUGGACGCGGAGCUGAUGCGAAGGCCUGCGGACUUGCCCCUCCAGCCCCUGGCCCGUUCCGGCAGCCCUCUCCACCAGCAGCCCGUGCUCGCACUGCCACAACCAGAAGACCGGUUUGCAGACCCUUUCCUUCAGGAGCAGCCGUCAUCGCACCCCUCGGACGUUUCUCCUCGGCGUCCUGCUGUGGACCGGUCGCCUCCCGCCGCAGACCCUCCUUCCAGGACCCAUCUCGAGACCCUGCCCUACGAUGAGAGGCCCCUUCCCGCGACCCGCAAGCAGCCCGGGGCGGCGGCCACAGAGCCAGAGAGGAAGGACAGGGACGGGGGCGAGGCUUCCAGGGUGGGCUCCACUGGCGAGCCAGAGCCCCUAACGGAGAAGGCCUUGCGUGAAGCCAGCUCCACCGUGGACGUGCUGGGAGAGGCCUUGGUGGCCGGCGCCUAUUCCAAGAUGUGGUCCCACCGGGAGGAUGCACUGCUCGCCCUGUUUAAACAGCUGACGGACGCACCAGUGGGGACCCCAAAGGACGACCUGAAGAGCACACUGAGGGCAGCCAUCUUCCUCAUCAGGAGAGCCAUCCGAGACAUCGUGACCCCGGUAUUUCAGGCGUCUUUGAAAUUGUUGAAAAUGAUAAUUACCCAAUAUAUUCCUAAACAUAAACUGGGAAAGCUUGAAACAACUCACUGUGUGGAAAGGACCAUUCCUGUUUUGCUCACAAGAACUGGAGACUCUUCUGCUCGCCUCCGUGUUAUAGCUUCCAAUUUCAUUCAGGAAAUGGCCUUAUUUAGGGACGUGAAGUCUCUCCAGAUUAUCCCGUCUUACCUGGUCCAGCCAUUAAAAGCCAACUCCUCGGCCCACCUGGCCAUGAGCCAGAUGGCACUGCUGGCCCGGCUGCUGCGGGACCUGGGCACAGAGGGCACGGGCUUCACCGUGGACAGCGUGAUGCGGUUUGCAGUGCGGGCUCUGGAGCACAGGGUGCCCGAGGUGCGGGAGACGGCGGCGGGCUUGAUCCUCGACCUGUACGCGCGGCACCGGGCUCUGGUCCUCGAGUACCUCCCUCCCGACGACAGCACCACCCGCAGGAACAUCCUCUAUAAGACGAUUUUUGAGGGAUUUGCUAAAAUAGACGGCAGACCUACAGAUGCUGAAAUUAGGGCACAGAGAAGAGCGGCUACAGAAGAAGCAGAAAGACUCAAGAAAGAAGAAAUUAAAGCUUUACAGGGGCAGCUGGCGGCACUGAAGGAGGUGCAGGCCGAAGUCCAGGAAAAAGAGAGUGGAGCUGCAAAGGCCAGGAAUCAGGACACUCAAGGAAGGAAAGCAGCCCCACCUAAUGCUCCAGAAAUCCCAGACGAUCGCUAUCUGGAUAAUUUAUGUAUUUUCUGUGGGGAGAGGAGUGAGGCCUUCACAGAGGAAGGCCUGGACCUCCACUACUGGAAGCACUGUCUUAUGCUCACGCGAUGUGACUACUGCAAACAGGUGGUGGAGGUUUCCAGCCUGACGGAGCACCUGCUGACGGAGUGUGACAGGAAGGACGGCUUUGGGAAGUGUUACCGCUGCAGCGAGGCCGUUUUAAAGGAAGAGCUGCCCAGACACAUAAAAACGAGAGGCUGUAACCCUGCCAAAUCGGAGAAGCUGGCGAACCGGUGUCCUCUGUGCCACGAGAACUUCACCCCUGGAGAGGAGGCGUGGAAGGCUCACCUCAUGGGCCCCGCGGGCUGCACGAUGAACCUGCGCCGGACGCACGUGCUGUACAAGGCCCCCACGCUGCUGCCAGGUAAAGGCCCAGCCACAACCAGGUCAGGGACCUCAGGAUCCAAGGUCGGAAGCAAGAUCCCCACCCCAAAGGGGGGCUUGAGUAAAAGCUCCAGCAGGACGUAUACAAAGCGGUGACACGACACCCGUCUGCCUCCUCAGGACCGAGCAGCUUCCCUGACUGCAAAUGUGUCUCCUCAAAGCAUCUCUGGACGUGGCAAACCCCACCCCGCUCCACCCCUGCUGCCCUCAGCCUCCUGGCCGUGCCUGUCUAGACCGCGGCCCCUGAGUGCGUAGUGAGGCCCCGAUCUCCGCGUGGCCCCGGCUCUUGGGAUCCGCCCUCCCAGGCCUGGGGUCCACAGAGGGAGGCGGUUCUGUGGAAGAGCCGCACCCAGCAGGCCCCAUGUGGAGGGACUAGCCGGGCACGGCAAUCUCCCUGCAGUUGCUUGGCCUGAUUUCCAUAAAGUCCUCACUCUAAACCUCUCACAUGUGGGUCUCUCUCAGCCGUGGUGGAAGGUCCACAGGGCUCGCCAGGCCAGGGGCCGGGACAGGACAGGGGGCCUGUGCCCACAAGUCACCCUGCGGUCCCCCAACCCCCCCAGGGCAGGGGAGCCAUCAGCCUUCAGAGCCUGCAUGUCCACGGCGGCAAGACGUAAGGUCACGUUCGAGAAGUACGGUCCCGGCCUGGCCCCCUCGGCUCUCACCUGCCGAUGCUCAGAGCACAGCCCGCCUGACCCCCCGACGGCCCCCACCCCAGGAGGAGCGGAGGUGAAUGCUGGCGGCCUCACGUCAGGCCCUUCUUCGGGGGGCUUCAAGCUCUUCACACAUAGGAAGCCCUAAAAAAACACAAGGCAACCCUCCCCAGUGAUCUCGCGCUCACCUGCGCAGGUGUGUCUGUCAAAACAGCCCUUUCCUAACCCCCGGGGCAGGCGGGGCGACUCCCACUCUGGGUGACAUUCCGAGGAGCCUGGGGGUUCCACCCAGCCCACCACCCUGCCCCACUCGGGCCCCUGUGGGAACUGGAGCUGUAUGUUCACGUUUCUCGAACACUUUGUACGAUACUUUCAACACCAAAAACCACUUAAAGUGAUGAAACCAAACCUCAAAAUCCCAUCUCCUGACCAGCCCCCGACCACCCUCCUGGCCCAUGGAAGUGGCUCGCCUGGCUUCAGGGCCAAGUAGCUGUAGGAAGAAGCCAGUGUUUGUCCAAAAUGUGCUUGGCAAGGCCCUCUGCCCGCCACGCCUGUGGCCCCCAGGUGCCCAGCCCGCUAGAGACCCAAAGACGGUGGCCCUCCCCGCCCCACCCGGCCCCGUGCCCAGGGGUGCGCUUUCCCCCCCGAGCAUGAUACAGGCAAGCUUCCAGGAUGCCGGCUAGAAACGCACACAAUUGAUGAAAUUUUUACUACACAGUUAGUGUAAGAAUGUUUUUAAUUCCCAACCGUGUAAAAUAACAAAAUAUUUAAAAAACUAAUAGCUAUUGGAGCCCUGUGCUCCCUGGGUAUGUUAGUGACUGUGAAUUUGUACUAGUCAGUCCAUCUCCAUGUUUGGUAAACUAAUACUUUCUCAUAUGGUUGACUCAAAGUACUGAGCCAGGAUAAGACAGACCAAGAGAGUUACCUUCAAAAAUAUGGUCCAUUAAAGACCAUUUCUGAAGUGUGAGGGGAGAAAUAACGUACAACUUUACUAGACAGAGCAGAGUACAUAUGCCAAGAUAAUUAUAAGAUGAUCCUUCCUGGUUUCAAAAAGGUGUUGCCAUGAUCUCUACCCAGUGCUGAAGUACAGACAAAAUGCUUCUUUAAACAGAACAAUAAGCAAAGUUAACCAAGAAAUUAUUCUUUUUCUCUCCAAUCAAAACUUUUAAGAAAUACAUAGUUAAUGUUUUCUAUGUAUUGUAACAUAAAGAAGAUACUUGUACAAUUACUUAAUUUUUCGUGAUUGACAAACAAAAUUGAGUGCAUUGAAAGCAGGUCAGUCUUGCUGGUUACAGAAGAAUCAUGUGUUUCUGUUCAGAUGAUUCCUGGCAGUGAUCAGUGGCUAUUAAGAGGUUUAGAGUUAGAUGCUGUUGAGGAACCAAGAGUAAAGGAUAAAAAAUUAAAAGGAACUGUAAGCUCCCUUGGCCAUUCAUAAAUAUCUAAACUUGGAACAGUAAUUAAUUGAAAUUUCACUCAUGAAUAUGCUGUGGCUAUUUAACAAUAUUUAUUUCUAUUUUCAUAUUUCAAAAUAUUCUAAUUUAAAAGAAUUAUAUCUAUAAAUUUGGCAUUAAAAUAUAAAUGUAAAUAGUUUUAAUGAAAAUUUGCAACUUUUUAAUGUUUUGACAUAGUUUUCUAUUUGUCUUUAUUUCAGGUACCAAAAUUAUAAAACAGCUAAGUAAUAUAUUUUUGUUGUUUUAGGGCAUACGGGUUAAUUCACCCUGAGUGUAUGAACAUAAUAAAAAGAUUACUAAAUGUUUUGUCACUUUUAUUUUAAGAUUAUAAUUAAAAAGCAGUUGGUAAGUUACAUUUCCUUUUGUAAACAUGCAGGUGUAGCUCAGCCCAGAAACGUCAGGGAAUUGCUGAGAUUUGCUGAGAAAGGGGCAGUGGGUAUCAAGUUGCCAGGAGAGAGUUUGGUUCCUAAACUGUUUGUGGGUUUACUCCUAAAAAGUUAAAAGAUUUUAAGCUGCAUAUCAAUUAGAGAAAAUUACUGACCAAUUUUAUCCUAUGGAAUAAAAUG